AUGCAGUUGUUCUUCCCCUCCUGUCCUGUAGGUGUCAGUGUCCAACAGCAGGGCAGUGUGGUGGAGCAGCAUAACACCCUCUCCGACGAGAGGAAGUUCAUGCUGAACAUGCUGUACGCCAAGAACUCCUCAGCCGGUCCCCUGAAGAGCCCGUCAGGCAUCGACCCUGACCCCAACCUCGACCCCGAGGACAGCCUCUCCGGAGAGGCAGAGGACCGCAGAGGGCUGGGCAGGGCUGGUAGCAUUCUGAAGGAACGUCUAUCCAGCCUCAAGGUAGGAAUGAAUUAGUGUAGUUAAAAAAUAAUAAAUAAUAAACGUUCUGACUUUAUUGAACAGAUAGAGAGAGGAUGACAGUGGGGAAAGAUAUCGAGAGGUUGUGUCAACGUUGCCUGGCUACCUAAACUCCUUGCUUGGACAAAUGCUAGGCCACGCCCACAGACGUUAGAUUCUUCUCCGCAAUGAGACUGGAUCUGAGUUCCAAUUUCUAGAACGUGAACACAUUCUAACUGUUCUGAUUGGUCCCAGAAACCAAUGGGUUUGGGCCAGAGCCAGAACACACGUGGGUAAAGCAGCGUUUAAAACAUUUUUUUGUCAUUGGCUUUGAUCCUUUGAUUGGUUAGAGAUCGCUGAUCCAAUCGCUGAUGACUAUUGUUUUGUACAACACCCCUCAUUUUGACGUCACCCCAAACGACUUCAACGACGGCCGUCUCAGACUGAAGUAGGUAGCGAACACACAGCAGCGGAACAAUUCAGUUUGAAUCGUGUAGCUCAGUUGGUAGAGCAUGGCGCUUGCAACGCCAGGGUUGUGGGUUCGAUUCCCACGGGGGGCCAGUAUGAAAAAGUAUGAAAAUGUAUGCACUCACUUAACUGUAAGUCGCUCUGGAUAAGAGCGUCUGCUAAAUGACUAAAAAUGUAAAAUGAGUCAUCAGGCAAGUGUCAAGGGGCAGUAGGCCAGAUUCAAACCUAGAUAGUUUGUGUGUAUGUAUUGAUAUGUAGGCUACGUGUGCCUUUUUUAAACAUUUUUAUGUAGUUCUGUCCUUGAGCUUUUCUUGUCUAUUAAUGUUCUGUAUUAUGUCAUGUUUCAUGUUUUGUGUGGACCCCAGGAAGAGUAGCUGCUGCUUUUGCAACAUCUAAUGGUGAUCCUAAUAAAAUGCCAAAAAUACCAAAAUACCGACUAGACAUGAGGCCUGAAACUGUGCCUUAGACAGCUAGACCUUUUUUUAGAAGUCUUUCAGAAUCCAUUAGUUGAUGGGUGCUAGGGCCGAUUAAUCGAAGUGAUCUAUAGCAGAGUUAAAGAGCUGAACACAUGCUAAGGGAUGUCCUUGUCCCAUCGCACUCUAGCGACUCCUUGUGGCGGGCCGGGUGCGUGCACGCUGACUUCGGUCGCCAGCUGGACGGUGUUUCCUCCGACACGUUGGUGCGGCUGGCUUCCGGGUUAAGCGAGCAGUGUGUCAAGAAGCAGUGCGGCUUGGCAGGGUUGUGUUUCGGAGGACACAUGGCUCUCUGCCUUCACCUCUCCCGAGUCCGUAGGGGAGUUGCAGCGACGGGACAAGACUGUAACUACCAAUUUAGAUAUCACGAAAUUGGGGAGAAAAAGGGGUCAAAAGUUAUUAAUUUUUUUAAAGAGCUGAACACAUGCUAACUGAUCUACAGCAGGGGGGAAAGCUGAAUUAAAAAAACAGCAUUGUGUUUAUUUUAAUUUAAACACGUCUGUCACGCUUUGGAAAACAUCACUCAAAUUUUUCAGUCUUCGAUUCCCACAUUUUCAAAUCGAUACGGAUAGCCUUGAUCGACUGAUUGAUUCCUGGAUGAAUCUAACUGAUCCUUUCCUCCAGGCCCACCAGGCCCAGCCUCUACCCAGCGAGGACAGCAGCUCCAGGAGGGCAGAGCUGGAGGGUCUGGGUGGCAGUGCCCAGGCGGCGCGGGCCAGGCUGGCAGAGGAGCAGCACCGGCGUGUCCGGCCGCAGUACAGCAUCGACGCGGAGACCCACGCCCGCAGCCUGGAGAACACCCAGAUGACCCCUCUGGCCAGGGACCGACAGACCGAUGCCUGGGACCAGCUCCAACCCAGCUCCAGAGCCCUGAAGAUUAAAGACCUGGACUUCUCUGACCUGAUGGAGGAGGAGGAUAUAGACGUUCUGGACGUGGACGUCUACGACGUGGGGGUUGGUCGGCCUGGUGGUGGAAUCCCACCUCCUCCUCCACCCAUGCCUGGACUAGGCUCCGCCCCUCCUCCUCCUCCUCCUCCUCCUCCCCCCGGGGCUCCAGGUAUGAGUCCCCCCCUCCUCCACCACCACCUCCGCCUCCUCCUGGAGCUCCCCCUCCUCCCCCUUCCUCCUCCUCCUCCUCCUCCCAGGCUCCAGACCUGGCCUUUGCCAAGAAGAGGAAGACGGUCAAGUUGUUCUGGAAGGAACUCAAACAGUCAGACAGUCCCAGGAAGUGUAAAUUCGGACGCGGGACAGUGUGGGCGUCGCUGGAUAAGGUUACCGUGGAUACGGCCAAGUUGGAACACCUGUUUGAGUCCAAGGCCAAGGAGCUGCCCGUGGCUCUAAAGGUGAGGCGUUACAUCAACUCAGAAAUCAAAAGAUCAGAUUUCCACGUGUUUUUUGUUGCUGUUUACGGCAUUAAGGAAAAUAUCAGAUAUGCCAAAUAAUUUGCCUAAAGAAUCUAAAUUGGACUGCCUGUGUAAACUAUAGGUCUAAAACUGUCUCCAGUACUGUAAAGCAGGAAUGAAGUCAAAGCAAAUACUAACUGUAAUCUCUGUUGGUUAAUUGUAAACCUUUCUGUGUUGUUUGUCCGUGCAGAAAGGGGCAGAAGUGAAGAAGGCGGAGAUACUGGUGUUAGAUUCUAAGAGAAGUAACGCCAUUAACAUCGGCAUGACUGUGCUGCCAGCUGUCCACAUCAUCAAGACCGCCAUCCUCAACUUUGACGAGUUUGCCAUCAACAAGGAGGGCAUAGAGGUAAUACCGCCUUUCUACCACUAGAUGGUGCUGUUACACCAGGGUCAGUGUACUCAGACAUAGAACGUCAGUGACCUAUGAAGUGUUAUGGAGGAGAACUACAUUAUUCCUCUAGUGUAGUUUUAAUUCAUGUUUACUGUCAACGACUACAUGUGUACCUGAAAAUCUCUGUCAACAAACCACCUUUUUAAAUAACAAAAACAUACAUCAAUGUCUACCACUCACACUUUCCUUUUUUAAAAUUUUUUAGUCAUUUAGCAGACGCUCUUAUCCAGAGCGACUUACAGGAGCAAUUAGAAUUAAGUGCCUUGCUCAAGGGGCACAUCGACAGAUUUUUCACCUAGUCGGCUCGGGGAUUAGAACCAGCGACCUUUCGGUUACUGGCACAACGCUCUUUAACCACUAAGCUACCUGCCGCCCCCAGUCAGUCCUCUGAUUUCCUUUCUCUGUGGUCCAAAUCCAUGCCUCUCCUCCUCUAACCCCAGUCGUCUGUUCUCUCGUAGAAAAUCCUGACGAUGACUCCUAGUGAGGAAGAGAAGCAGAAGAUCCAGGAGGCUCAGCUGGCCAACCCAGACGUCCCCCUGGGCUCGGCGGAACAGUUCCUCCUCACCCUGUCGUCCAUCAGCGGCCUCACCGCUCGACUACAGCUCUGGGCCUUCAAACUCAACUAUGAAACCCUGGAGAAGGUAGGAUCGGGGGGUCCCGUACCCCUAAAGCAUCUAGUCUGUCCUGCUCUCGUUAUGUCCUCGUGCUUCCUGCAGAAAAACACGUCUGGGCCCAGGCGAGUGGUCUGCUUAAGUCUCUACGCAGCUGGACGUCAUCUUAAAGCUCUUCCAGUCAUCUGUCGUCAUGUGCUGUAGGAACCGUGGGGAUCCAAAGCCUCACCAGCAGAGCAGCGCUGGUCGGUGUUGUCAGACGGGCAGCUCAACAACAGCAGAAUAUUCCCCUCAUGGUUAUGAGAUGGGGAGGGAGAAUAUCAACAGCCUCCUGGUUAUGGAUGGGAUGGGGAGGGAGAAUAUCAACAGCCUCAUGGUUAUGAGAUGAGAUGGGGAGGGAGAAUAUCAACAGUUUGUCCAGGAUAGGCAGAUUCCGUUCUCUCUGUAUUUCUGUUAUCACCUCUGAAUCUCUGUCAAUUACACAUCGUUGGUAUCUCUGUCUAUAGCAAGCACCCCACACACACACACACGCACACACGCACACAUAUACACACACGCACACACACACACGCACACGCACACGCACACACACUCUGCUCACAGUCUCUGCAGCACUAGUGUAGUGGACUGUGAAUCCUCACUGACUGCCUAGCCUGUUUUAGCCUGUUUUAGCCUGUUUUAGCCUGUGUUAGCCUGUGUUAGCCUGUUUUAGCCUGUGUUAGCCUGUGUUAGCCUGUGUUAGCCUGUUUUAGCCUGUUUUAGCCUGUUUAAGCCUGUGUUAGCCUGUGUUAGCCUGUGUUAGCCUGUGUUAGCCUGUUUUAGCCUGUUUUAGCCUGUGUUAGCCUGUUUUAGCCUGUGUUAGCCUGUGUUAGCCUGUGUUAGCCUGUUUUAGCCUGUUUUAGCCUGUUUUAGCCUGUUUGAUGCAGUUUGUUUUCCCUAAAGGUUCUUCAUCUCUUCUCUUGGUCCCUGUGCAGGAGAUAGCAGAGCCUCUUUUCGACCUAAAACUAGGUAUGGAGCAGCUCGCCAAAAACAAAACCUUUAAGCGCAUCCUAGCAACGCUUUUGGCCAUUGGAAACUUCCUCAACAGCACCAGUGUAAGUGUGUUCUUCCUGGCUGUGUCCCAAACGGCACCCUAUCCCCUAUAUAGUGCACUACUUUGGACCAGGGCCCAGGCCUAUAUAGGGCAUAAGGUUCCAUUUGGGAUGCAGCCACUGUAUCGGUCAACAACGUAAAAAGCUCACCUCAAGCGAUUUGUUGUUGUUCAUUUUUUUUGUGUGGAAUUUAAUAAAGUAAUCAUUUAAUACGGUUGAAAUGUUUCCAAAUGAGAUGCGCUGAAAUGAAAGCAACUUCUGAGAAUGAACACUCCGAUUAUAGUGAUAUUAUGUCUGAUCUCACAAACAAUGUAAAGCAUGUUUAGAUAGGUGGAAUCUAGAGCCAAGCGUGGAGAUGUUUUAUCCGAGGGUAUCCUGCUAGUGACACGCUUGUUGAAUUAUGCAAGAGAACGUGACACCAACAGUAAUUAAUGAGGCAGUCUAGACAGCGCAGGUGAGCGCAGGUGGGGUAGACAGAGCACGUGUUUGGUAGUUUGCAGCACUGUUCCACCACUUUAUGUUAAUGGUUUUUUAAAUAUAUGCAAAUCAAAUACACCAGGUGUAUUUAUGCAAAUGAGGCACAAAUAAUGUUCUUUAUUUCAACACAAAAUAUAGACAAAUAUACCUGAUACAGUAAGGAAAUGUAUAUAUGAGUGCAUUCAAAAAAAUCAUAAUUAUAUUUGACAAUAAAUUCAAUACCUCAAUUCCCACCAAAACCCCUCAACUCCAUUCAGUAUUUGUCUGUGGCAGUAAAAUGUUUUAUGUGCUAUAAUUCAGUCAAUAUCUGUUUGGAUUAUCAACGUUCUAAAAGUUUUGGAGAAUCUUCAUCCAACUGUUGCAUUUAUUAGAAUUGUUUUUCUAAACUUUUAACAAUUUCAAUGACUGCUGCUAAAGGGAUUAGAGAGAUUGAACCACAGCAAAAGCUAACACACAAACAACAUGCGAAAGCUUAAAUGCAUGCCUGGUACAAACCACCUGCCUUAGGGCUUUACGAUGACCUGUAGGAGUUAGUUAAGCUGAUUAGAAGAUGUUUAUCCUGAAGCGGGAAGGAGGAAAUGGUUCAGGAGGGUAUGUUUACUGUUUAUUGUUAGAUAGAGAGUGAUCGCUGUAGAUUUGAGUCUAAUAGUUUACCGCUGACUGUCUUAUCUCCUGUCUGUUGGUGCUAUAUCUUCUGAUAUUUUAUGAAUAUGUAUCUAUAUGUGAUUUAUGAAAAAGAUAUAAUAAAUAGGGAAAAAGAAAGUAAGCUCAGGUGAAAAAAAACAAAGAGCAGAGCUAGGAGCAGCGGGGAAAAUCCACAAAAGACGGCGUAGGGACAAAAGAAAAGCUAGAAAGACACGGGGACAACCCCCCGAAAGACGCAGGCGACAGAAUCCAUCUGUUGUCGAAGAAACACCCCCAGAUAUCCGGAAUGAAACCGUCAUCUAUACACGCACUAUCCAGAUAUCCCUCAAACACUUCCGCUCACUGAACCAAGCAUUGCCGGACCAACUUCCCCCUCAUCUCUAUCCUCUCGUCCCCCCUCCUCUUCCUCUUCGCUGUCCGUCUCCUCUCCCUCUCUCCUCUCUGCUCAGUGUCACUGUGUACCCAGCGCAAACUCUCACUCCCUCACUCUUUCUUCUCCCCGCCUCCCCCUCUUCUCCUCUCUCCUGUAUCUUACCUUUCCGUUCCUUUCUCUCUCGUCCCCCCCAUGAUUAGUUUCUAUUUAGCUUUGUCUUUUGAGCUAAAGGUUGACUAACUUUUGGAGAAUGGUGACUGAGGUGAAGGUACGGUCCACAGACAGUUCUGCUCCAAACUACACCUGUAACUAUUUGUAGACAACUACAAGACACCCAGGACGUCUAUCUGAGACCCCGCCAUCACACGCUCUUAAAGAAAAAAAUCCCAUAGGUCCCUGUAUCUGGGGGAAAAAACCCGUCACAAAUAGGGGGCACCAUAAAAAUGAAAAUUCUCUGCCCCCGCCCACCCUGAUUUUUUAAAUAUAUUUUUUAUUUUAGUUUAAUUAAAAAAAGGCUUAUUGGGUAAUUUUUGGAAAAAAGCCUUAACCUAUUUUUGGUUUUUGGGAAAAAAUUUUUUUAGAAAAGUCUAAAAACCCACAAAGGAUCUUUUUUUCUAAAUCCCCCAUGGGGGUUUUUUAAAAGAACCCAAUGGACGCUAUCAAAUGAUACCCCCCCCAAAGGAUUUGUUCUAUCAUAAUGUACCCACAAUGGAUCGUUUUUGCAUAAUAUAACCCCCAAGGAAACUGUUGUUUUUGUUAAAAAGGGAAAAUCGUUUUUCUUUUUCAAAAAACAAAAAAAACCCCAAAAAAAAAAAAAAAGGGGGGGGGUCUGGGGGGGAGAAAAUGGGGGGGGGCCCAAAAAAAGGACUCUAUUUUUCCCCAAAAAAAGUUUUUUUUCUUUUUCCCCCCUUUUUCCCUUUCUUUUUUUCCCCUUUUUCUUUUUUUAAAACCCUUCUCCCUUCCCCUUUUUUCUUUUCUGCUUCUUUUUCUUCUUUUUCUGUUUCUGUCUCUGUCUUUUUUUGUUUUUUUCCUUCUUCUUCUGUCUUUUUCUUUUUCUGUCCUCUCUCCCGUUUCCCUCUGUCCCUUUUUUCUGUCUUUCUCUUUUGGUUUGGGGGUUUGUCUCUGUCUCGUCUCUCUCUUUUUCUCUUUUCUUCUCUUCUCUUUCCCCUUUUCUUCUCUCUUGUUUUUCUACCACUCCCUCUCCCCCCCCCCCCCUCUCUCUCUCAAGGUGGGUUUUGAGAGCUUCUUUCCCUGGGUUUCCCUUUCGCUUUUUGGGCUUGGGGUUUUUUUCACCGGGCCAAAAUCUCCAAAACCCUCAGUUCCUUGCUUCUGUUUCCCCCUUCUCCUGGGGGUUCCCGCAUCUCCGUUUUCCCCCCCGCGGGACGGCCCCCCGGCGACCCCCGACCCCGCCCACAACCCCGGGGAAGGGCCCGGCGCGCCCGGCAUUUUGCCCGGAAAGAGGCGGCGCCGCGCCGCGCGCGCGCGCGCGCGGCCCCAAACCGCCGCCGGGGGACAAACCAACCAAAACCCCCCCCCGGCCCGCCCCGAACCCGGCCCCGCCGCGCUUUUCCCUUUUCCCCAUCUCUCUCUCUCUCUUUUUCUCUUUUCUCUCUCGGGCUUCUCUUCUUGUUCUGUUUUUUGUCUUUUCUUCUUUUUCCUUGCUUCUUUUUCUCUUCUCCCUCUCUUCUUUUUCUCUCCCCUUUCCCUUCUUUUUCUCUCUCUCUCUGUGUCUCUGUCUCUCUCUCUCUCUGUCUCUCUCAGGUUCCAUUCCUUCCUGCUGUACCUAGGUCAGCCAUCCUACUCUGUUCGGGACACUAAGGUGACCCACUUUUGUAUGAUUAUCAGUGAGUUUUCUCUGGAGUACCGGACCACCAGGGAGAGGGUCCUGACCCAGAAACACAAGCGGGCCACCCACAGGGAACGCACCAAGACCAGGGGAAAGAUGAUCACUGAGGUGGGUCUGGGGCUAGGGGCUAGGCUAGGUCUGGGGCUAGGGCUAGGUAGGGCUAGGUCUGGGGCUAGGGCUAGGCUAGGUCUGGGACUAGGGUAUAGGGCUAGGUCUGGGGACUAGGGUAUAGGGCUAGGUCUGGGUGUAGGGCUAGGUCUGGGGCUAGGGUAUAGGCUAGGUCUGGGUGUAGGGUGGGCUAGGUCUGGGUGUAGGGCUAGGUCUGGGGACUAGGGUUUUAGGGCUAGGUCUGGGCUAGGGUGUAGGGCUAGGUCUGGGUGGUUAGGGCUAGGUCUGGGGCUAGGGUGUAGGGCUAGGCUAGGUCUGGGUUAUAGGCUAGGUCUGGGGCUAGGGUAUAGAGCUAGGUCUGGGUGUAGGGCUAGGUCUGGGGCUAGGGUAUAGAGCUAGGUCUGGGUAGGGUAUAGGGCUAGGUCUGGGGCUAGGGUGUAGGGCUAGGUCUGGGACUAGGGUGUAGGGCUAGGUCUGGGACUAGGAUGUAGGGCUAGGUCUGGGGCUAGGGUAUAGGGCUAGGUCUGGGCUAGGGUAUAGGUCUAGGUCUGGGGCUAGGGUAUAGAGCUAGGUCUGGGGGUAGGGCUAGGUCUUGGGGUAGGGAUAGGAGAUAGGUCUAGGUGGGGUAGGGUAUAGAGCUAGGUCUGGGUGUAGGGCUAGGUCUGGGGCUAGGGUAUAGAGCUAGGGUUGGUGGUAUGGGCUGAGGUGGGGUUAUGGGUAGGGUAGGGCUGGGUGUGGGGCUGGGGAUAGGGCUGAGGGCUGGGUGUGAGGGCUGGGGAUAGGGCUGAGGGCUAGGUGGGGUGGAUAGGGCUGAGGCUGGGGGUGAGGGGACUAGGGAUAGGGCUAGGCUGUGUAGUUGCUAGGUUGGGUGGUAGGGCUAGGUUGGUAGGCUGGAUAGGGCUGAGGGCUGGGGUGUUAGGUCUGGGGAUAGGCGAUGAGUGGGGGUGGGCUGGGGAGGUAGGGUGGUGUGGGGCUGGGGGUAGGGCUGAGGGGGGGUGUGGGGACUGGUAGGCGAAGGUUGGUAGGUUGGCGGAUGGGUCAUAGGGCAGGGGUGUAGGUCUGGGGAUAGGGCUGAGGGCUGGGGUUGUAGGUCUGGGGAUAGGGCUGAGGGUGGGGUUGGGGCUGGGGAUAGGGCUGAGGGCUGGGUUGUGUGGGUGGGGAUAGGGCUGAGGCUAGGGGUGGGGCUGGGGAUAGGGCGAGGGUGGGGGGGUGGUGGGGCUGGGGAUAGGGUAGGUCUGGGGUGGUAUAGGCUAGGUCAGUGGGGAUAGGCUGAGGGCUGGGGUUGUGGGCUGGGAUAGGGCUGAGGGCUGGGGUGGGGGCUGGGGAUAGGGCUGAGGGCUGGGGAUGUGGCUGGGAUAGGGCUGAGGGCGGGGUGUAGGGUCUGGGGAUAGGUGAGGCUGGGUGGGGCUGGUAGGUGGGGUGGGGGUGGCGGGUAGGGCUGAGGGUGGGGUGUGGGGCUGGGGAUAGGGCUGAGGGCAGGGUGUGGGCUGGGGAUAGGGCUGAGGGCUGGGGUGUAGGUCUGGGGAUAGAGCUGAGGGCUGGGUGUGGGGCUGGGGAUAGGCUGAGGGCUGGGGGUGUAGGUCUGGGAUAGAGCUGAGGGUGGGGGUGUGGGCUGGGGAUAGGCUGAGGGCUGGGGUGUGGGGCUGGGGAUAGGGCUGAGGGCUGGGGUGUGGGGCUGGGGAUAGGGCUGAGGGCUGGGGUGUGGGGCUGGGGAUAGGGCUGAGGGCUGGGGUGUGGGGGCUGGGGAUAGGGAUGGGGUGUGGGGCUGGGGAUGGGCUGAGGGCUGGGGUGGGGCUGGGGAUGGGCUGAGGGCUGGGUGGGGUGGUCUGAAGAACCAGGGUGGCUAGACUGAUAACACUGCCUCCUUAGAGUUAGGUGCUUACACACCUAGCUGUAUUAAAUGCGUUCCAAAUGAUCUGUGCAGUGGUGCAAUCUUAAACCAGGUGUCUGGAAUCCAUGGUCCUCUAUUAACACCAGGUAGACUGGAAUCCAUGCUCCCUCUAUCUUUAACACCAGUGUCUAGACUGAAUCCAUGCUCCCUCAUAUCUUUAACACCAGUGUCUAGACUGAAUCCAUGCUCCCUCUAUCUUUAACACCAGUGUCUAGACUGAAAUCAUGUCCUCUCUAUCUUAACACCAGUGUCUAGACUGAAUCCAUGCUCCCUCUAUCUUUAACACCAGUGUCUAGACUGAAUCCAUGCUCCCUCUCUAUCUUUAACACCAGUGUCUAGACUGAAUCCAUGCUCCCUCUCUAUCUUUAACACCAGUGUCUAGACUGAAUCCAUGCUCCCUCUGUCUUUAACACCAGUGUCUAGACUGAAUCCGUGCUCCCUCUGUCUUUAACACCAGUGUCUAGACUGAAUCCAUGCUCCCUCUCUAUCUUACACCAGUGUCUGAAUCCAUGCUCCCUCUAUCUUUAACACCAGUGUCUAGACUGAAUCCAUGCUCCCUCUCUAUCUUUAACACCAGUGUCUAGACUGAAUCCAUGCUCCCUCUCUAUCUUUAACACCAGUGUCUGAAUCCGUGCUCCCUCUCUAUCUUUAACACCAGUGUCUAGACUGAAUCCAUGCUCCCUCUAUCUUUAACACCAGUGUCUAGACUGAAUCCAUGCUCCCUCGAUCUUCCAUUCUCUCUCUUUCUCUCUCUCACUCUCACUCUCUCUUUCCCUUUCCCUCUCUCUCUCCCCCCCCCCCCCUCUCAGACGGAGAAGUUCUCUGGGGCGGUCUCUCCCCAGUCCCAGGACAGCCCCUCCCCUGUCUCCAGGCCUGCAGAUUCAGAGCCAGCCCAGGAGGAGCACGAGAACAUGAAGAACAUGCUCAUCACCUCCAGCAGUACCGACCACCAGGGCAACCUGCGCCGCAACCGGGGAUACCGC